AUGUCCCAGCAGAAGGAGCAAGUCACUGCUCCCAUGGUGACAUUGUCUGUGCCCCAGGAACCUUAUGCUGUGGGAUACUCUGCUUCAUACACCCCAGAGGCCUACACAUCACAGCCCUACAAUCCACAGAUGUAUGCCCCAGAGGCCUACGGCCCCGAACCACAAAGCUAUAAACAAUACGCAUCAGAUUCCUACGCACCUAAUGGUUCAGAGAUCGAGCAUUAUCGUGUCACAGAUGCUUGCUGCUAUGAAGUUGCAUCUCCACCUCCGUAUAGCUGCGAAGAAGUGCCUUGCGAUACAUUAGGACCAGUUUGCAUGGACUCAUCUCCACCUGUUGUGGUGGCCGGGAUCUUCUCCAGUAAACCUGCAUCCACCAUCUGCCCCUGUUGCCGACAGAUCAUCACCACCGAGGUGGUCUUCCGUGUGGGGUGCCUAACCUAUGCCGCCUCGACAUGCCUGUGUUUGAUUGGGUGCUGCCUGGGCUGCUGUCUCAUCCCCUUCAUGUCCAAAUGCUGUAAGGACGUCGAUCAUUAUUGUCCGUGUUGCCGCUAUCACAUCUACCGGUAUAAAAGGAUCUAG